AUGACUGUGUCCUUCGAGGCGGCGAUACAGAGGAGGUGGCGGCUCUUGGGCACCAGCCGACUAGCCCGACUGAUCGCCAAGAUUGGGAUCACCACUCCCGCUACGCCUGCGACCGAAAGCAGGCCCGCCGACGAUGUGGCGGGAAAGACCACCGUGAUAACGACUGCAAGCACCCGCAGAGGUGCGCGAACUGCGCCGAACCCUUUCCGACAGACCGACCAUAAGGAGUACCCUGCCAGACCCAGGCGCUCACACGGCCAACUCGUGCGGCUCACCAAGAUCGAAAAGUACGCCGUAAGGAAUAUCGGUUCUCAGCAAUAUCAGCAAGUCAAUAUGGUUCUGGAAGGCGCCGAGACUGACGAUGAUGCGCCGGAGGUCCGGCAGAGGGCCCUCGACUGCAGCGUCGUGCUCGCCGACGCGGCUCACUCGUGCACUUCCACUGGAAACAUCUCCCCGGGAGUCGACGGCAUCACAGUUCGGAUGUUGCGUCGGAUCUGGAGCCACAUUCGGCGAAGCGGAGGGACUUAUCUGCCCAAGAGGCUGGAGGCCCAUCUCCUCCUGGCCUGCCUCGGCAAGGACUCGAGCGUCUGA